AUGGUCAAUUCGACCGAGGCUGCGGCCCCUAGUCGCUCCAUACAGUUCCGGGAGACCAUCUCUCAGCCAGUGAUCGCCGCAUUCUGCGCAGGAGGUGUUGCUGGCGCUGUCUCUCGAACCGUCGUAUCCCCCCUUGAGCGGCUCAAGAUUCUCAUGCAGAUCCAAAGCGUCGGGCGAGAUGCGUACAAGCUGUCAGUUGGGAAAGCCCUGAGUAAGAUGUGGAGGGAAGAAGGCUGGAGGGGAUUUAUGCGAGGCAACGGCACGAACUGUAUCCGCAUCGUCCCAUACUCUGCUGUGCAAUUCAGCAGUUAUAACUUUUAUAAGCGGAACAUCUUUGAAAGCUACCCGGGUGCUGACUUGGCACCGAUUACUCGCCUUAUCUGUGGUGGCAUCGCUGGUAUAACGUCUGUCUUCCUUACCUACCCUCUCGACAUUGUUCGCACGCGGCUAUCCAUCCAAUCUGCAAGUUUUGCCGAGCUAGGAAAUAGGCCAGACAAAUUGCCUGGUAUGUGGACUACUUUGGUGCAAAUGUACAAGACCGAGGGUGGCAUGUCUGCUCUAUAUCGAGGCAUUAUUCCUACAGUUGCCGGAGUAGCACCAUACGUCGGUCUUAAUUUCAUGGUCUACGAAUCAGUCCGAAAGUACUUGACGCCAGAAGGAGAGCAGAACCCCAACGCAACCCGUAAGUUGCUGGCCGGUGCCAUAUCUGGAGCUGUUGCACAAACUUGCACAUAUCCCUUCGACGUUCUACGGCGCCGAUUCCAGAUCAACACCAUGUCAGGCAUGGGCUACCAGUACAAGGGUAUAACAGAUGCAAUCCGGGUCAUUGUGACGCAAGAGGGAAUCAAGGGACUUUACAAAGGCAUAGUGCCUAACUUGCUCAAGGUUGCCCCCAGUAUGGCAUCGAGCUGGCUGAGCUUUGAGAUGACCCGUGAUUUUCUCCGACAACCGCCGCCAUGGGUACGUAUCGAUCUCGACCGCCACCACGUCAAGGGCACUCACCGCACUGCCCCCAAGAGCGACAAUGUCUACCUCAAGCUCUUGGUGAAGCUCUACCGCUUCCUGGCCCGCCGAACCGACUCUUCCUUCAACAAGGUCGUUCUCCGACGUCUGUUUACGUCCAAGAUCAACCGCCCUCCCGUCUCCCUGUCCCGAAUUGUCGCCAACAUCAACAAGGAGGGUGAGAAGCGAACCGUCGUCGUUGUCGGUACCAUCACCGAUGACAACCGCCUGCUCGAGUUCCCCAAGGUGACUGUCGCUGCUCUGCGAUUCACCGCCACUGCCCGCGCCCGUAUUGUCGCCGCUGGUGGUGAGGCCAUCACCCUGGACCAGCUUGCUCUCCGUGCUCCCACCGGAAGCAACACCCUGAUCCUCCGUGGCCCCAAGAACGCCCGUGAGGCUGUCAAGCACUUCGGCUUCGGUCCCCACAGCCACAAGAAGCCUUAUGUCGAGUCCAAGGGCCGCAAGUUCGAGCGUGCUCGUGGCCGAAGACGUUCGCGCGGUUUCAAGGUCUAA